AUGUCCCCAGGGCUUCGGCUCCUGGAUGGCCACGAGUCCACGACAGUACCUCAAAGUUCAGGAGCGAGAACACCGGCCUUGAUCCCCUUGAGCGCAUGCUACAUGGAAUGUAGUAACAGUAAGCUACCAGAGCCACUCCUGAGUGAUUUCCAGGGGAAAAGAGUUCAUGAGAUUCCUUUGGCCAAGAAAGAACCAAUAAUGCAAAUAUAUACAUAUUUUCUAAUGACAUCAAUUAAAUAA